AUGACCGCGGCGAUCCGAGCCAUCACCGGUGGAUCAACUCGACAGCUGGAUCACUUAUCAACCAUUCAACUGGUCGUCUUCGCUGCAGUCGUGCUCACUUUUGUAGCGGCACCGGCUACCUCGUGUAGUUGUUUCCUUGCACCGGCGUUGCAUGCACACGCCCCUCCCAACCUCCGCUGUCAAGUCGUCCUCCCACCCAGCUCCCUCGUUCCUGUCUCAGUUGCCUCUCCCUGCCUUGGCUCCAUACUGUCCCUCUCCCGAUUCCAGUUGAUGGGUCGGUGUGCGGGAUAA